CUUUAUUAGCCUGUGUCAAAAAAGAGAUAGCAAAGGAACAGGCGCCUGCACUCUCAAACAAAUCCACACCACACACACACGACCGACUCCCAACCUAGCAACGCCGUGAUGUAUUUUUACACACAUAUAAACACACGAUCGACGCCCAAUCCUCCCUCGUGCAAAUGAUCCUGAUGAAAACUUCGUAACUGUUAAUACGCGCCUGUGUCGAGUAAGAAGACCACUCUAUCCAUGUUGCCGGGCUGCCCAAACGAGACUAAAGAGACCAGACAUGCAGCCAAUGUUCCGUGAGGUACAUAAACAUGGACGAACGAACAGGAACGUCCUCAUCCUCACCCUGCCGCCGAGCUGUACCUACCCAACCUACCUAGGCUGUUGGUAGUUCCCUCCAGCAUGCCCCUCCAUCAUGCAGUAAAACGGCAUCUCCAGCUCGGAACAUCGGGCAACCAACCCAACACCACUCCCGAGUGAUGAACUGCCUAAUCUGCACAUCUCGGAGACAGGAUGUACUGUACUCUUCCGUCCUCCCAUUCCGCCACCACCAGCUCUCCGUUCUGAGGUGAGCGAUCGUGGGAGAGGGUCGGACCGGAACUAUCCCUGGUUGCGCAGCUCAUGCGCACCGAGUGAGCACGACAGACCAUCAAAAUUCCGCGCUUCCAUUGUGGAGUGAGGUCCCCAUUCCACCCAUUCCACACAUACUCCCGCCAUACGUGGCCCGUCCUCCAAUGUAGAAGCGGAUAUCAAAUACCGGUCCCGUCCGUCCAUCUCAUCUCUUUCUCACUCAUCAAUUGGUUCUUUUGCUGUUGAUGGCGCAUGUCCGUAUGGUCACAAUGGGUUGGCUGUGAAGCUGCCGUGGAACGCGCCGAUGGCGAUGGGCCCCGAAGAUAAUGCUCUUCAAGUCAUCGGCGACGUUUGACGAAAUAUGCGCCUCGUGGCAUCAGCACCAUGGCCCGCCCGGACAUGCUCCGGGAUCGCCAAUGAUCCCGAGUGGUGGCGGCGACGUUGGACAAAGCUCGCCCGCCGACAACGGGAACCUUCAGCAAUUGGGACCGGACAGAGACAAUCAAUCAAUCAACACACAAAGCAAAGAUCUUCCUCGAACUGCUACGUUGCCUCCCAUUUCUGGCGUUGGGAACAUUUUAAACCCCUACAGAACGCCCGGGGUUGUUCCAGAGGCUCGCUUGUCCCAUUAGCGCCGUUUGGACCAGAAAGUGGUGGUGCUUUAAUUCACUCCCCCAUGAUUAUAUUAGUCCCAGUGCCGAAAGGGAAUGAAUACGCUUCCAUCACCUCAUAUAUUCUUUCAGCCUCUCUCCUUUUCUACAUCUCCUGCUUGUGCAGAAGCCCGAUAAUAUUCUCUCAGUAUACUUAUUGCGUCUCAAUUCCCGCCGCCCUGCAUGCAAUCGUCCUAGAAACGCCCCGAGUCUGCUCCCCAUCCUCAUACGCCUGCGUGUCCUCUUCUGUCAUAAGGCAUCUGGCCAAAUAUUUUGACCAGCCCCCAAUCCGCCUCCAAAACCCCUAUAUUCUCCCAGACACUGUCUGGCACUCAGUUGCACGCGGCCAACUUCCCAAGUCGUCAUCUUAAUCAAUCUCACCUUUCAAGGCUAUAUACAUCAACACGCAAUGGCUGCACCCAUCGAUUCGAACUUGCCCGUGGCCAAUGGCACCUCCAAUGAGCUCUCAGCCGCCCAGAAGCUCAUGCAGAAGCACGAGGCACACAACCCCACCAUAGAGGAGAUCGCAGACGAGGACGAUGUCAUUGGACACGGCGAGGCCCCGAAAUCCACCAGCGUCUUAGAAGCUAUCAACGACACCGAAGAAGCAGUUCCCACAUGGGCCCCGACCGCAUCAGCAAAGGCCGCCGGAAAGCAAAAGGCCACUGAGCAACCUGCGAAGGAGAAGGCUGGCUUGGACACACGCUCGCACGAGCUAUUCCCAGAGUUAGGAGGUGGCAAAUCCCAGAAUGCGCCUUCGGUGGCAUCUAUCUGGAGCGGAAAGAAGCCAGCUAUUGUCAGCUCUACCAGCACCAAUGGCACCAAUGGAUCGACUCCACACGAGGGCGGAUCGGCCCCAACAUCAGGCGCCGCCACACCCACCUCUGCGUCUACGCCAUCCAGCGGACCUGGCAACUUCUCCAUCCCAGGAAGGCAUUCGGAGCGAAUCUCUCUCGCGCCGAACCAGCUCCUCCCCAGGAACCAGAUGAAGAGGCCUUUGGCCGACGUCCUCAAGGACAUCAACAGGAAGUCCAAGGCGACUGUGACCGUCACCACAGGAAACGCUGGCCUGCUUUGGUUCAGCGCCGUUGGGCCCCAGGAUGCAUGCAGACAAGCCCUCAAGGACGUUGUUGAGCAAAUUGGCGCCAAGCAGUCUAUUCAGGUCGCAAUCCCUCGCUCUGCGAGGGCACACAUCAUUGGCAAGGGAGGAUCGGUGAUUAAGGCUCUGCAAGAGAAGACAGGAGCCCGCAUCCAGAUGCCAAAGGUCGACCCAUCCGCUGCGCCAGUCGAUGAGGACGAUGAUGAUGCGACCGUCGAUAUCCUCAUUGAGGGUAACGCUCUCGCUGCCGAGAUGGCCAGGCGCGAAGUUGAGAAGAUCGCCGGCGAGCGCACAGCUACUGUUACGCACAGGAUGCGUGGAAUCCCUGCUGAGUUUUACCCCUUUAUUGCUGGGCCAAACAAUGCUGGAAUCAGCAGCCUUGAGGAAGGCAGGAACCUUCGCGCACAUGUCCCAGCGCAUCACACGUGGAGGACCCAGCCGCCACCACAGCCUACUAACGCAGGGGAGCCAUUAAACUUCCUUCCCCCGGCACCAAACAACCACAUCACGCUUGCAGGAGACAGGUUAGCUGUUCAACAGGCCAGGGCUUUUAUUGAGCAGCAGGCUCAGGAGCUUCGUAGUCAAUUGGCCGUCGAGCAGCUCGCUAUCAACAAGGGACGCCAUCAAUUCAUCGUUGGUGACCGCGGUAUCCCUGUUCAGCAAUUCUUGGCUGACACCGGAUGCGCGAUUAUCCUGCCUGAGGACUCCGAGGAUGAGACGAUCACCAUUAUUGGCCCCUCCGACCGCCUGCAAUCGGGUGUUGACAAGGCUAUGGAUUUAGCCUCUAGCAUGCACUCCACCAACGUUGAUAUCUCCAGGCAGCACCGCAAUGCCCCAGGAGGCGCCACCGCACACGCAAGGAACGUCACUAAGUACUUGCAGCGCCGCAAGGAGAUCGAGCGCCUCGAGAGGCAGUACGAUGCUCACAUUGUCACCCAACUUCUUCAGGAUGGUGUCGCUCCUUGGGAGCUGUACUCUCGUGACGGAAAGAACACUAUCCGCGCACAAUCUGAGAUCACCAGCAUCGUUAACGGCCACCCCCCAUCCCGUAUGGCGAACGUACCUGUAGACCCAUUUUUCCACCAGCACCUGCGUUCCGACGUCGUACCCAAGGUUCAGGAGGCGUUCGGUGUUUACACUGUUAUCCCGGAUGAUAGAGACUCUUCUUCCCCGGUCCUACUCGUUUUUGAGGGUCCGUCCAGUGCGGACGAGGAGUACCAGAUUCCUCGUACCCAGCCUUCCCCUGCUGAGAUCCAGGCCUUCCAGAAGAGCCUCCAGGAGGCCAGGGAUUACAUCUUGAACAUCGUCAGUGGACAAGAGGAAAUCAAGACCGAGUCCGUCGACGUGCCAUUGAAGUUCCACGACAGACUAAAGAAGUUCAUCAAGAAAGAGCAAGCGGCGCGCCCAUCGGACCAAAUCCCCGUUCGCGUCAACGCCACCGGCAGCAUUGUCAACCUCCGCGGACCAGCUUCGUCGGUCGACGCCCUCGUGGCCAAGAUCAAUGACUUCGUCGUCCAAGAGAUCUCUGACGAGAAGGAGCGCGGUUUCACCAUGGGCUUCGACUUCCCCCAGAAGUACGCCAACCAACUCAUCGGCAAGGGCGGCAGCAACAUCCGCGAGCUGCGCGACAAGUUCGACGUCGAGAUCCAAGUUGAUGACGGAAAGGUCGUCCUCAAGGGUCCCAAGGCUAAGGCCGAGGCCGCCAAGUCGCACAUCGAGAAGCUCGGCAAGCAGUGGGCUGAUGAGUCUACCCACAUCCUGAAGGUUGAGCCGAAGUACCACAGGGAGCUCAUUGGAGCCCAGGGUAACCAGAUCAACAAGCUCCAGACUAGGUACAAGGUUCAGAUCCACUUUCCGAAAUCCGCCCGCCCCGCCAGGGACGACCAGUCCGAGGCUGCUGCCAGCGAGGCUACCGCGCCAAGGGCCGGUCGUCGCCAGCAGCCAGAGGAUGAGGUUACCAUCAGGGGUCCAUCCAAGGGUGCGGAUGAGGCACGCGACGAGAUUCUCUCGCUCCUCCAGUACCUGAAGGAUAACUCGUUCUCUGCCACCGUCAACGUCCAGCAGAGCCAGGUUCCAUCGCUCAUCGGCCAAGGUGGAAAGGCACUGGAUGAGCUCCGCGAGCUCACCGGCGCGAAGAUCGAUGUUCCCGGAUCCCGUGACGCAAAGAGCGCAACUGGUCUCGUCGAGAUCCAGGUUAAGGGCACGAAGAGCCAGGUCGCCGCUGCCAAGAAACUGAUCGAAGAGAAGAAGGCUGUCUUUGAUGACACGGUCUCUAAGACUGUUGAGAUCGAGAAGAAGCACCACCGUACCCUGAUCGGUGCAGGAGGCUCCAAUCUCCGCGACAUCAUCGUCAAGGCCGGUGGCUCCGAUGACCGCCGCGAACUCGCACGCACAGUGCAGUUCCCCCGCGCCGAGGAGGACGGUAACAAGAUUAAGGUUGAGGGUAACAAGGCUGUUGUCGACAAGAUCAUCGCCGCCAUGCUCGAGGUCGUCGCCACCCGUGAAGCCCAAACCACCACCGUCAUCGACGUCCCCACCGCCCAGCACCGCACUCUCAUCGGUCGUGGCGGCGACGCCAAGAAGGCACUCGAAUCGCAAUUCCGCGUCGCCCUCGACGUUCCUGCCCGCGACUCCGGCAAGACCGGAAUCAAGAUAUCUGGUCUCCCCGCUGACGUCGCUCUCGCUGCUGAACACAUCGCUGAGCUGACAAAGCAGGAUGAGGGCGAGACUAUCAUGGUUCCAAGGCAAUACCACCACGCCGUCGCGAACGGAGGCCAACUCUUCCAUGUCCUCAAGCGCGAGCACGGCGUCACCGUCGACCAUGCUGGACAGAAGCUCCCCGCUAAGCCAUCUACCAAGAAGGCCGCCGCGAACGACGCGCCGCUGCCGCUGAUCACUGAUGCUCAGGAGGAGGGCGAGGAUUCGCACACUUUCCACACCGUCGCUUGCACACCUGUCGAGAUCGAGGGUGAGAUCCCGUGGGUUCUCCGCGGUGACGCUGAGGCGGUCGCGAAGGCCAAGGCUGCUGUUGCUGCGGCGAUUGAGCAGGCGCAGGCGACUACUACGACUGGGUACCUGGGACUUCCAGACCCAAGGCUGUACCGCUAUGUGAUUGGCCAGGGCGGACAGAAGGUUAAUGCUAUUAGGAAGCAGUCUGGGUGCACUAUUGAUGUGCCGAAGAGCGGGGAGGGGAGGGAGGCGAUUGAGAUUUGUGGGAGUGAGGAGGGGGUGGAGAUUGCGAAGGAGUUGAUCCUGAAGGCGGUCCAGGAGGGGGCUACGCAGUCGAUUAAUAGACGCGGAUAGAUGGGUGUGGGGAUGUGAGGAGAGGAGAGGUAGUGGUGAGCGGACGGAGUGGUGGGGUGGAUUGUAAGAGAGCGGGUAAAAGCUCAGGCUGUAUUAGGAACUGGUGGGUGGUGCCGGUUUAAGGGGGUGCAGGAAGGGGUUUUUGGGGAGCACAAAAAAUGACUUCAGUAGAUAAAAUUUUCAAUCUUGAUAGCACGUUGUGUGCACUUUUAAAAUCGUUCUUGGAAAGCUUUUCUCCAUUUAAUUACACGUAUUUAAAGAC